GGCGAGGCCAGUGUAGGAAGUGUGUGUAUGUGUGUGUGUCACACCGUGAGAGUGUGUGAGAGCUCGGUGUCCUCUGCUGUGUCCUACAGCCGGCUCUGUCAUCUUACACACACACAUAUAUACACACACUGCUGCAAACACACAACACUCACUACUCCUGAGCCGCACUCGCACUUCCUUCACACAGAAGGGACACGACAAAGCUGCGGGUGACACUCACGCACAUUAUCUACACAGGAACAGGACACACAUAGGCGCUCAUCAUUCUCCCGCAGCUCUAUGUACUAACACAUUAUUCCUUAUUGUACUCACACACUCACAACUCUGGGACCCCCCAGCAGAAUAUGACAACAGGACCCUGACAGGUGUUGUACACAAUGUCUUCCCGUGACAGACGUCCAGAUCUUUGCAUCAAGGCUGAACCAGGGACACCCGAAAGCAUUGGGCGUCGGAGUCCUAGUGGCUCUAGUGAUAGUAGCGGCCAUGGCCCAGACCCUCCAGGACCACGCUGUUGCAGAGAUGAGGAGCAAGAUGAUGUAUCAGGCCGUGGCAAAUAUGUCCUAAACUCUAUUCCCAAACGUCUUUGCCUGGUGUGUGGAGAUGUGGCAUCAGGCUAUCACUAUGGGGUUGCCUCAUGUGAGGCAUGCAAAGCCUUCUUCAAGCGCACCAUCCAAGGCAAUAUCGAGUACAGCUGUCCAGCCAGCAAUGAAUGUGAAAUUACCAAGAGACGUCGAAAGGCCUGUCAAGCUUGCCGCUUCACAAAGUGCCUUCGCGUGGGCAUGCUAAAAGAAGGGGUACGCUUGGACCGUGUCAGAGGAGGACGUCAGAAAUACAAGAGGAGGCCAGAUGGAGAUAUCCUCCAGUACUCGUCUGGUGGGCAGGCUCAGCAAGCCUCUGCAACAGUGGUCAAGAAGCAAACUCCAGUGAAUGCAGUUGUCUCUCACCUGCUGGUUGCAGAACCAGACAAGUUGUUUGCUAUGCCAGACCCAGCACUUCCUGAUGGUGAUUUGAAAUAUAUGAGCACCCUGUGUGACCUUGCUGAUCGUGAAAUUGUCAUCAUCAUUAGCUGGGCAAAGAAUAUCCCAGGAUUCUCCUCCCUUUCCCUCUCGGACCAGAUGAGUCUCUUGCAGAGUGUCUGGAUGGAGGUUUUAUUGCUUGGAGUUGUUUUCCGCUCGCUUCCGUAUGAAGAUGAGGUUGUGUUUGCUGAGGAUUUUGUGCUUGAUGAGGAAUCUUCUCGCUCUGGCCGUCUCACUGAUCUCUGCUCAUGCGUCCUGCACCUUGUCCGAAAAUAUCGCACCCUGCGUGUGGAAAAGGAAGAGUACGUCAUGCUGAAGGCUCUAACCCUCACUAACUCAGAUUCUGUGCACAUUGAGGAUCCAGAUGCAGUUCUGCGGCUCCGCGAUGCCCUGCAAGAAGCUCUCAGCGAAUAUGAAUCAGGUCGUCACCCAGAGGAGCCCUGCAGGGAUGGCAAGCUGCUAUUAACACUCCCACUACUGCGUCAGACAGCUGGCCGUGUCCUCCAGCACUUUCAUGCCCUGCGAGAGGAGGGAGCUGUCCCCAUGCACAAGCUAUUUCUGGAGAUGUUAGAAGCUAUGAUGGACUGAUGUUAAUCAGAAACUUUAUAAGUGUAUAUAAACUCGUCCCCAUAGUCAUAUAGGGAGAGUCUAUAUAACGGUGGUCACAAAAACCAAAACAUGCACUCAAAGAAUAAGGAUGGACUGAGCAGAAGGAGAAAAUCAGGGAAGGUGCCUUAUCACAGUCACUGCCCUGACAAAAGACAGUAAACAAAGAUUUGGGCAGACUUGGUGGAUGUGGCCCCACAGAAUGAAUAGAAUACAGCCAUGAACAGAGUUGGUUGUAUUCAGUAAUAAGCCAUAUAAGAGUGGAUGGAGCUAAAAUAAUAUGGAGGGUAGUUAUUUAAUGCAGCUUAUGUACAUGGCCCUAUAAAUAAUAUAGCUACUAGCCUCCAAACCUUUACCUCCCCCCCUGAAACGAGUGGUAGCACUGCAGAGUAUGGUAUUAUUACUGUAGUUCAGGUACAACAUCCCAACUUAAUGUACAGGCUGUUAGUGUGACUUCAUGCCAGUUUAAAGGAUUUUUUUUAAAGUAUAAGUAUAUUGUUUUCUCCUAAUGAUGAUACUGUAUAUAUAGUGCAUAAAGUACCCCCCUAUUGUAAAAUAUAAGGAUAUUAUAAGUCACAGAGUAGCUCCAUGACCAUAUAAAAGCACAAUGACUAAGACCGAGUGCUUUUAUACAGGUUAUGGAAUGCCGAAGUUACGUCUAAUCCUCGUAUUUUCCAGCAAGGGGUACUUUAUUUAUUAUAAUACACAAGUUUUAGUGAGUCAUGUGACAAAAAUGACAUCACUACUCAUCGUUUAUAACUGAUGACAUCACUAGUCACCGUUUAUAAGGAUAUAAUUUACAAGAUAUUCAUGGCUUUUGUGUAUUAUAUAGUGAAUAAAGUACCCCCUCUUGUAAAAUAUAAGGAUAUUAUAAGUUACCGAGGAGUUUCAUGACCAUAUAAAAACACGAGGCCGAAGGCCGAGUGUUUUUAUACAGGUCAUGGAACUCCGAGGUAACUUAUAAUAUCCUCAUAUUUUACAACUGGGGGUACUUUAUUAAUUAUAAUACACAAAUUUUAGUGAGUCAUGUGACAGAAAUUACAUCACUACUCACCGUUUAUAACUGAUGACAUCACUACUCACCGUUUAUAAGGAUAUAAUUUACAGGAUAUUCAUGGCUUUUGUGUAUUAUAAGGCAAUAUGUGUAAAGUGGUACUUCCUGGACUCCCUGCCCUACUUCAUUGUCCAAUUAUUAUCCUGUGAAAUGCUAACCAUAACCUCUGGUCAUCACUGUACAACAAACAUCAAGAGGAUGUCACUGACUGCACUAUACAACAUGGUUGUAGAACAUUAUGCAAUAUGACCGCUAGAUGUCACUACAUUAAGGUAUAAUCUGUGCAAGCGUUAUACUUCAAUAUGUGCAAAGACCACUAAGUGUCACUCUACACUGGGUCAGAAAGCCAUUGCCAGAGGGUAAAAUCAUUAUAUUAUUAUUUUGUGUAUAGGAUAAAAAAAAAUCAUUAGUAUAAAUUGAAAAUUGAAAUGGGCAAUAAGCAGCUUAAUAAGGAAAAGCUCAUGCCAACAAUUCACUAAAUAAUGUUUUAUUUCCACAGAUGGGCAACAAUGCACCAUUUUUAAGUUUAAAUCGAACAUUGAACAACUUUAUUAUGCUUUUGACUUCUGUGUUACCACUGAAAUUUAUGGAGCCCAAAUGUGUGUUUGUGUAUAAUCAAUUGUCGUAUGCAUUUUAUUUCUAUGAUCAUUUCUGUUCUCUGAAGCCACCAUGAGACCCGCCUGUAUAUAAACCUAUAGAAUAAUGUGGAUAUGUAAUAUACCUCAUUGCUUAUAAAUAUAUUUAGAUCAUUGAUAAGGCCCAAUGGAGCCUGGACUGCAAUAAACAUCAGGGAGAUUUCA